AUCAACAGGGUUACUACACAAAGGGGACAAAGGCGCAGUCCGGAGAAACAGUCCAUCAUUUUAACAUUUCGAGCAUCGGUAUUGUUUCACCGUACUGGACGUACAUGGGAUGUAUGAAUAACCAUGGCAACAGCAGCAGCAUCAGCAGCUGCAGCAGCAGAAAGAGCGGCGAGCAGCUUGCAGCAGUAAACACUGACCAGCGGAGUCGUGAAUCCGCUGCAGCCUGGAUCAGCGCUGCGGAUGACAGAAGCCUUUGCAGAAAGACAACGGGCAGUGACUGAGAGAUUAGCCAGUGCUGAGCAGAGGGGUCGUGCUGCGUUAGUGUGAAAGGUGAUGAGCUGGAACAGAUCAUGUCUGAAGUCCAGGGAACCGUGGAGUUUUCUGUGGAGCUGCACAAGUUCCAUAACGUGGAUCUCUUCCAGAGGGGGUUCUAUCAGGUCCGUACGGGGCUGAAGGUCUCUUCUCGUGUACCACACCGGUUGAUAGCAACAACAACGGGAUAUACAGGUGACUGCAGUUUUCCGUCUGCAGGAGUACACGAUGGAAGUGCUUUCAGCAAGAUAUUUCAGAUCCUGUACAGGAAUGAGGAAAUAGCGUUGAAUGACUGCACGGUCUUCAGAGUUCAUUUGCUGCUAGAUGGAGAGAGAGUUGAGGAGGCCCUCAGUGAAGUGGACUUUCACUUAAAGCUGGACCUGCAUUUCACCGACGAUGAGCAGCAGCUGAAUGAGCUGGGGACCAUCCCUCCGAUCAGCAGCCGUACCCUGGGCCUGCACUUCCAUCCCCGCAGGGGGCUGCACCAUCACGUCCCAGUCAUGUUUGACUACUUCCACCUCUCCGUCACCUCUGUCUCCAUCCACGCCUCGCUGGUCGCUCUGCAUCAGCCACUGAUCAGCUUUACUCGAUCAGGCAAAGGCUCCUGGUUGGGGAAGGGUUCCCUGGAGAAUGGCACCGAUCCGUCUGCCAUGUCUAUGGAAAACCUCAUGUUCGGGGCUGGCUACUGCAAGCCUGUUUUACCUGAGGGGGGUUUCUACGUGCCAUCUGAGAACUGCCUGCAGCGUGCUCACUUGUGGCAUCAGAAACUCUGUCGCCUCCUGCUGGCCACACACAGGGGUCUGCGCUUAUACUAUGUCGGGCUGAUGAAAGAGGUUCCUCAGCUCACACAGGUGGAUAUAGACGAGCUGCCAAUAGAAGAGACUCUUACUCAGCUAUCAGCUGAACUACAGUUGCAGACCUGCCACGAGAAGGUGGCGGAGCAGAUCAGCCGAGAUCUGAUGCAGUUGUGCUCUCACCUCGCGGCGUUGUGGGCCCAGUUCCUGGAGGCUGUGGUUCCACAUGCUGAUGUUCGCUCGUUCUUGUCCCAGGAACACCACACAUUACGGGUGAGAAGAUUCUCGGAGGCUUACUUCUUUACCGAGCAUCCUAAGGAGUCAUCUUUGACGUUCCAGGAAGACUUAAUCACGAGACAUGGGCAGAUAGCCGUGGAGACUCGAAACUCCGACUAUCUGACUCGAAUGCCCCCCCUGCCCGUUGAGUGCCUAGAUAUCGAUGGAGACUGGAAUAGCCUCCCUAUCAUCUUUGAAGACAGAUAUGUCGAGUCUCCUUGUCUGGAUCACAAGGUAGACAAUGUCUCACCCAGUCCAUCACAUGUGCCAAUCUCCUCUGGCCGGCAAACUCUUUCUGAUAUCCCCAGAAUAGCUGCUGAACCCACCAGCCCUCCAGUGGAACACGACUCUCUUGCACCAGCAAUAAACAAGGGCCAGCUCAACAGCAAUGGCCGUAUAGACCCGUCUACAUAUGCUUCCUUCAUAGCCAAGCAGGGACAAGGUAAUGAUAGCUGUGAAGAGGCUGACUCGUCUGCAGGCGAGCAUGUCUCAUACUGUGAGGAAACAGCUGCCUCAAGGCCUUGCACUACUGACGUGGAGGAUGACUCAAGCACUGGCCUGAAGUAUAUUGAAGUCAGGCCCAGUGAUGAGGACCCUUAUAGAGGAGAUGCUGUACUAAUCCUGGCAUCAGCCAACAAUGACAGCAAAAACCUCUCGCAAGUCUACGACUUAGAGCAGGGUGACUAUGGGAGCAGUAUUUUAAUAAAGAUCCAUGAAAACAAUGAUGGAGCAAUUAGUGAGAAAGCGUGUGAAGGGUAUGUUUUGAACAGUGAAAUGACACCCAUGGCCACUUUAGAGACAAAGCGCAAGAGUGACGGUAAUGAAGACCUGCUACUAACCCCUUCAUCUACCUCAGAGACAGCUCCUCCAGAGCCCUACAUGACUCCACUGUUCUCUGCCGAUUUACGGAGAGAGGACCUCCUUCAAGCGGGGAGAGCACACAGACGGUGCAGCAGUGUAGGCUCAAAGGCUAUGAAGAGGUCCUCCUCUGUCAUCUCUGACUCAGGCAUCGAGAGUGAGCCCAGCUCUAUGGCAUGUCCAGAAGUGCGCUCGCAGCCUCCCGACUUCUCCAGUGAGCGUGACAUCCUGCAGCACCUCGUACGCAGACACACAGUCCACAGGAACUCCCUGGAGGGCUUCCAGACAGAAAGCAACACUAGCCUGCCAAGUGGCAUCCAGGCCUCACUCACUUCUAUUAGCUCCCUGCCUUAUGAAGAAGAGCAGGAUGUGGAGCUCAGCAAACUGACUAAGUCUGUCUCAGCACCCCAGAUCAGCAGUCCUGAGGAUACCGAAGAGGACCAGGAACUGGCAAACCAGGACCUAGAUGAAGAAAGUGAGGGUGCUGGUAGCUAUGAUCGGGAAGAACCCGGUAUCACAGAAGAUGCCAAACCUGUUGAGCCUCCAGCUGGACACCGUUUAUUCCCUAAGAGUAUUGAUAAUAUCCUGAAGAAUGAAAAUACUUUCUUGAAAAGGGGGCCGGUCACUAUCCAGAAAGAAAAUACACCCUACAUGGAUAGCUAUGACAACUCAAAAGAUUUUGGUGAUUCUGACAAGCCUGGCCUUAAAGAAAAUCAUUCAGACAUUCUGGGAGUGGAAUCCGUGCUGCGUGGAGUACCAGAAGUUUUGCUUUUUCAGCAGUUUCUCCAGGGGCAUUGUACUGAUGACACAGCAUUCCCCCAAAUGUUUGGGAAUUCAGAGGACACUCAAAGUAACAGUAUGUUAAAAUUGGAAGAUCCUUUGAGGUCAGUCCAUGAAAGGCUUUUGUUAAAUGAUGACCAGAGUUUCCAUCAAGAUCAGCUGAAUGAGACUGAUAAAAAGGAGCAUAGUCAGCUAGGAGAAGGUCUAAGUCAGCAGCCUGGCGAUGUAGCGGAGACCCCUGCUUGUCCUAUCACUUCCAGGGCAAGUAGGAUGGAUUCCCAGACCGAUGACAGUCAAGGCAAACCCUCCAAAUUACCCACAUCAAGCCUGGCAUUUGUGAACAAGAAGGUGGUUGAGGUGGUAAACAUGUCUGUGUCCUGCGCCCCCACAUGCUUGCCCUUUUCCUCAGUCCUCCGAGACUCGCCGUCUGUGGUGGGAUUCUCAAACCGCCAGGCCAACUCCCCAAUUACUCACCAACCGCUCGGUUCUUUCGGCCUCAUCUUCUCCUCUUCUCUCUGUGCUGAUGAGGAGACCAAUGAGAGGAUGCUCAAUUUCUAUAAGGCCAAAGAGGAGCUGAUGACCCAACUCAACUUCAACGCCACUCUGUACAGCGAUCUUCCUCAGCUUGCCUCCGAGCUUCCCUAUUUUGCCCCUGAGGAAGAUGAGGAGGAGUUCGAUGAUGGGAUCCACUUAGUGAUUUGUGUCCAUGGCCUAGAUGGAAACAGUGCAGAUUUACGCCUGGUGAAGACCUUCAUUGAGUUAGGGCUGCCUGGGUCCAGACUGGACUUCCUGAUGUCUGAGCGAAACCAGACAGAUACCUUCGCUGAUUUUGAUGCGAUGACGGACAGACUGCUGGAUGAAAUCAUUCAGCAUAUUCAGCUCUAUAACCUCACCAUAGGCAGAAUAAGUUUCAUUGGACACUCCCUGGGUAACGUGAUUAUCCGGUCGGUGCUGACAAGGCCACGUUUUCGUUGCUACCUUUGCAAGCUUCACACUUUCCUAUCACUGUCUGGCCCCCAUCUGGGCACCUUAUACAACAACAGCACACUGGUCAGCACCGGUCUGUGGCUGAUGCAGAAACUGAAGAAGUCUGGAUCGCUGCUGCAGCUGACGUUCAGGGAUCACGCCGAUCCUCGGAAGACCUUCCUCUAUCUGCUCAGCCAGAAGCCGGGUCUGCAGUACUUCAAGAACGUGGUGUUGGUGGCCUCACCCCAGGACCGCUAUGUGCCCUUCCAUUCUGCCCGCAUAGAAAUGUGCAGAACGGCUCUUAAAGACAGAACCACCGGCCCAGUUUACACAGAGAUGAUUAACAACCUGCUCCGACCCCUGCUAGAUGCUAAGGACUGCCGGCUCAUCCGUCAGAACGUGUUCCAUGCCCUGCCCAACACAGCCAACACCUUGAUCGGCCGAGCUGCUCAUAUCGCCGUGCUGGACUCAGAGCUCUUCCUGGAGAAGUUCUUUCUAGUUGCCGGGCUCAGCUAUUUUAAGUAAUGUUCGUCUGUCCUUCGUUGUAAGAUAAGAAAAGUAAGCGGUCACUGGAGAUACAGAAGUCAGCUCCACUGUAUAGUUAUGUACAUGUACUUUAUUUUUUUGCCAUUGAUACAAACAGAAAGUACUAACCCUAAUCUCCUGCAGAUAUGUACUUGAAGGAUGACUUAUGAAAGCUUUUAAAAUAGUUCAGUAUGCAUCUCUCUGAUUUAUACGUGAUUUAUAUCAUAAACAUGCUUUAAAGCCUCCAGAUUAUAAGAAAUCUGUGAAAAUAUCUUCUUGUAGAAUAAGUGUUGGAAAAACUUUCCUUGAAAGGAAAAGAACAUUUAAGUGUGCUUGGCAAGCAUUUAUUUUUCCAAUCCUCUCUUAACGGGUGUGUGUGCGUGUGUUUUAUGCUGUAUGCUGUCAUCUACACAACCAAGCCAAAUAGAUAAAAUAACUUGUACAAACACUCACCUCACUUGUUACUGACACUUAUUAUUAACAAAUUGUAAAGUAUGUGGUAAUUGUAUUGCAUAUUGUUACAUAUGUUUCAAAUAAAAAAAUAUCAUUCCUAAAA